ACUUUUAUUGGGGAGCAAUUCAACAUUUUACCACCGAACGAAAACGAAGCUCUCGCUUUAGAUCCAAGGCAGGACAAAAGAAAAAUAUACAAGGAAAUAAAAUUUCAUUUUUUUAUAUACGGACUGUUAAUUUUCUCCACGCCUGAGUUUGAUCACCGCGAAUCGACAUUGAGAUUAAGAGAGAGAGAGAGAGUGGAUCUGAUGGUGAAAGAGACUUGUCGGCGGAGUUAAUUUGUUUUGAGUUAAAGCGGGAGCGAAACGGAGUGGAUCAGAUGGACAAGAACAAGAACCGUACCGAUCUGCUCGCCGCCGGCCGUAAAAGGCUUCAACAAUUUCGUCAAAAGAAGGAGGGUAAGGGCAGUAGUAGCCAAGGAAAGUCAUCAAAGAAGUCUAAUAAAUUUGAGCAGCAUGAAGCUGAUGUUGAUGCGGCAUUAGUGGCUGCUGGUGCACCAACUGGAUCUUUAACUCCUGAAGGGGAAAAUGAAUCACAUGUUGAUGCGAAUCUGAGAUUUGUGGAUUCAAAUUCAAGUGAGAAUUCACAGGAUCCUGAUGUUGCUGCUGUAGCCAGUGAGCCUCCAUCAGUGACCAUUGUACCUGAAUCAAGCUCUGUCGAAUUGCCAUUGGCUCACGAGGUUGAAUCACCUCCACAGGAAUUGGAGGUUGUUAAUGUAGAUGCCUCAGUCCAUAACCAAGGGGAGAGUACUCAAAAUGCUGAUGUUGAGGAAGCCAGAGCAAUGAAUUUAGAAACUGUUGGUAUCCCGGUAUUUGAAGGGGAAACCAAGCAUGUUGAUAUGUCAGUUCCAUCGGAAUUAAUCAAUACAAGAGAGAUGGAGAUAGUUCCUGUUGAAACAUAUUGUUUUAAUGACAGUCAGAAGUCAAUCGUUUCACAAGAAGUUCUCUCUAAGAUGUCCUCAAUUCAAGGGAGGGGUGAUCAGGUAACAGAUGUAGGGCAAAUGCAGGAAGCUGAUGGUUCGGGUUUGAAGCAAUUUGAUGAUAGAAGCUAUGAACCAGAGCAUAAAGGAGAUGGGAAUUUCAUUCUCUCUAAGUUUGUUGGAAUUGCUGCAGCUCUUGAAGAAUCAGCUUCAGGACUGACUGGUGUACAUGAAAUUACCCAUGAAAUAAAGCCAACUGGAAAGGUUAAUUAUGCCACUGAGUCAACUGGGCCACCUGUUAUGUCGGAUGCACUUGGGAUUUUGUCUCCCAUCUUGGAUUAUCAAGAAGCCAAAAGUUCUUUGGCAGUUAGUCAUCAAGAUUCAAGUCAGUUGAAAGAUGUAAUGGCAGGCUUACCUAAUGAAGAAAUAUCAGAAAUGCUCUCUGUGGACAAUGGAAAGGACUGGAAAGAAGAGGCCGAAGCAGAUACAGAUAGUAUGAUGGUUUCAGAACAGUAUAAGGAGCAGCAGUGUAUGACUGAGUGUAAUGUUCAAGGAGGAUCUGCUGCAGAAGCAAUGUCGAGUCCAUCUAUAAAAACUGAGUCUUUUGUUGGAGAUGGGUGCUCAAUCAGCUUUUUGCAGCACAAGGAGGCGGUUAGGAGGCUUAGUGAGGAUGAGUUCCACUCUCUUCCUGUUUCUAAUGCACGGUUGGGAACUGAUAGUUUGAUCCUAGCUGAGUGUGGUUAUCCAGAUUCUUUUGAGAGACUGAAAGACGAGUUAUAUCUCACAAGUUUUGGAAAAGAUGUAUUUCAUUUGCAACUCUCAGAAAUGUCUGAUUUGCAAUUGGAAUUUGAUCAGCAUCGUCACCAGUUUCUUGAAGAAAUAUCAGUGCUCCGUACUUCCCUGAAUGAAGUUCAAGAGGGGAGAGAAUGCCUGGCUGCAGAGCUUGCACAUUGUAGGUCUGAACUCCUAGCUGUUGAUAGAAGGAGAGAGGAGCUUGAAAACCAAGUUCAUUUAGUGAAGGAAGAGGCUCAGCAGUUUUCUGGUAGGGCACUUGAAUUGCAGAUUAGCUUGGAAAGAUCAAAAGGGGAUUUGUCAAGCCUGUCAAAGGAGUUAGCUGACUGCAAGGAUUUGGUUGCUUCCAUACGGCUGGAGAAUGAGAACUUACAAGGGACUAUUACUUCAGUGAUGGAGGAUAGAAGGAAUCUUGUGGAGGAAAAGGAGUCUUAUCAGCAAGAGAAUGAGAAGCUGUCAUUGGAGUUAGCUAACUGCAAGAGUUUGGUUGCUUCUCUAGAGGUAGAAAUUUCCAACUUCAGUGGGACUCUGGCUUUAAUGGCUGAGGAAAGAAAGAAACUUAAAGAGGAAAAGGAGUCUCUCGGUCAUGAGAAUAGGGAACUUUCCAUGGAAUUGACUGAUUUGAAGAAUUUGGUGGCUGCUCUACGGGCUGAAAAUGCUGACUUAAAUGGGAGUUAUUCUUUGAUGACAGAGGAGAGAAAGAAGCUUGAUGAAGAAAAAGAGUCCAUUCAUUGUGAGAAUAAUAAACUAUCUAUGGAAUUGACAGACUGCAAGGGUUUGGUGGCGGCUCUACAGUUACAAAUUGCCCACUUAAAUGAGGGCCUUGCUAAAAUAACCGCGGAGAGAGAGAAGCUUAAGGAGGACAAGGAAUUUUUUGCCCAAGAGAAUGAGAGGCUGUCAGAUGAGCUUCUUGUUUCUCAAGAGAAAUUGUCUACUAAAAAUGAGGAAUGUGUGCAGGAUUGUGUUACUUCUACUCCCAUGUUGGAGAAACCCUCACCUGAUGGGCCAACUGGCGAGCCACCGCGUGAUCUGGUUGAACAGGAUGUUGUUGGUGAUUCUUUUGUGCUGGUAGUCCUAAAAGAACACAUAGAGGAGGCAGAGAAAUUGCUGCAGAACCUUGAAAAGGCCAUUGAAGGGAUGCACGCGGAGUCGAUGUCCUUUAACAAAUCCAGUGGUAAAGUAGCUUCACCAGCAGUUUCCAGACUAAUUCAAGCAUUUGAGUCAAAGCAGCAGCAUGAUGAACAUGAGGAACUUGAGGUAGAAGAAAAGGUUGGAGAUCUCUUUAUGUUAACAAAAGGGCAAACAGGGGGUUUGAUGGUAUUGCUUCAGCAGUUGCACCUGGAUGCUGAAAAGGUUAAAGAGGAGUGGAGAAAAGAUUCUAAAGUUCCAUUCAAUGAACUCCAGGUUGAAUAUGAAGCUUUGAAGCAAUACAGUGACUAUUUGGAAGCACCAAACAUUGAGCUUGGGAUUCUGUAUGAAGCUUUAAAGCAACAUGUGUUCGAACUUAAUGCAAAGAAUAAUGAGCUUCAAGUUCUCAUUGAAGCUUUAGAACAACAAGACCUUGGUCUGAAAGCAGAAUAUGCUGCACUUGGUGUAAAAGUGAAUGGGUACCAAUCAAGAGUUAGUGAGUUACUGAGUCAAUUGCAUGAUUUAGAGCGAAGUUCAGAUGAGAAGGCUUUGGACAUUGAAAAUCAAUUAGAAAGUUUGCAGAAGGAAGCAACUGAGAUGGCAGUGAUACUUGAAAAAGAAUGGAAUACAAAAAUUCCUCAUAUUAUUGAAACAAUAGGAAGGCUUGAUGCAUCUGCUGGUAGAAUGUCAACCUCUGCCAUCUCACGCAAUGCUGAUAUUGGCUUGGAUGUAAAUAGCUACAUUGCUGCCUCUGUAAGUGCCACCAUCAAGGUGAUUGAAGAUCUGCAGGAGAAACUAGAAGUUGCUCGUAUAGACCAUCAAGCAGUCUGUUCGUCUUAUGAAGAAGUGAAUGAUAAGUUCAAUAAUUUGCUGCAAAAGAAUGAAGCAACUUCUGUUAUGUUACAUAAGAUAUAUGGUGAGCUUAGGAAACUUUUAAUUGAUUCAUAUGGGGUUGUGGAUGAUGAACAUGAGAUGAACUUUGAAGGUGGAAAUGUGCACGAUUCGAUUGACUACAUCAAGUAUAAAACCAUUGUGGAUCAACUGGGAACUUUUCUGGGUGAGAGACUGCAACUCCAGUCCUUAAACAAUGAACUUAAUUCUGAGUUGAUCAGGAGAGCUAAUGAUAUUGAGGAAUUGAACCAGAGAUGUCUUGAUUUAGAUGCCAUUCAGAAGUUAAUAGAAGAUGUUGAGGGUAUUGUGAAACCGGACUGCGCUGGAACCAACUUGGAUAAAACACCGGCUUCUUACCUUGAAUCAUUGGUGUCUUCACUUGUUCAGAAGUACAAACAGGGUUGUGAGCAUGUGACUUCAUUGACAGAAGAGUUUGGAUCCAAGGUGAUGGAAUUGACAGAACUUCAGGAGACAGUGCAGCAGCUAUCUGCUUUGAACCUUAGUUAUGAAAUUGAAAUCCUUGCUCUGAAGGAAAGUUUAAGUUGGGCAGAAGAAGUCCUUGCUGUCACACGUUCUGAGUUAAAUGUAAAGAUAAGUGAACUUGAACAGUCAGACCAGCGGGUAUCUUCUAUCAGAGAGAAGCUCAGCAUUGCUGUUGCCAAGGGGAAGGGUUUGGUUGUUCAGCGUGAUAAUCUCAAGCAGUCUCUAGCUGAGACAUCCAAGGAACUGGAAAGAUGCUCUCAGGAGUUACAGUUGAAGGAUUCUUGGCUUCAUGAGCUAGAAACAAAACUUAAGUCCUAUAUGGAGGCAGGUGAGCGUGUGGAAGCUCUUGAAUCUGAGCUUUCAUACAUUCGCAACUCAGCAACUGCUUUAAGAGAAUCAUUUCUUCUCAAGGACUCUGUACUCCAGAGAAUUGAAGAGAUCCUGGAAGACCUAGAUUUACCUGAGCAUUUUCAUUCAGGAGGCACAAUUGAAAAGGUUGAGUGGUUAGCAAGAUCAGCCACUGGUAACUCUUUGGCUGUCACUGACUGGGAUCAAAAGAGUUCUAUAGGAGGGUCCUACACUGAUACUGGGUUUGUGGUUAUGGAUGCCUGGAAAGAAGAUGCACCACUGAGCUCUAGUUCAGGGGAAGAUAUGAGGAGAAAGUAUGAGGAGCUUCAAGGUAAGUUCUAUGGGUUGGCUGAGCAAAAUGAAAUGCUGGAACAGUCAUUAAUGGAGAGAAAUCUUUUGGUGCAACGAUGGGAAGAAGUUCUGGACAGAGUUAACAUGCCCUCACAUAUGCAAUCUAAGGAACCUGAGGAUAGGAUUCUGUGGUUGGGAACUGCACUUUUGGAAGCUCAUGAGGAGAGUAGUACUCUCCAGCGGAAGAUUGGUAACCUGGAAAACUAUUGUGGAUCAGUAACUGCUGAUUUGGAAGAGUCACAAAAGAGGAUAUCUGGCCUUGAGGCUGAACUCCAAGCUGUUGUAGAUGAGAGGGAAAAUCUUUCUGAAAGAUUGAAAAUUCUGAUCCCUGAUCAUGAGAAAAUUUCAGUAAAGGCAGCCCAGUUUGAAGUUGAGAAUGAAAAACUGCAGAGUGAAGUAACUGGUUUGCAUGAGAAAUUGGCUGAGAAGGUGAGGAAUGAGGACCGCAUUCGCAACAUUGAAGGUGAGAUACAUAGAUUGGAGGACUUGGUUACUGAUGCAUUGCAUGACCCUGGUGCAAAAGAGCUGGUUUCUGGUGAGAGUACUACUGAGUGCUUGGAGGUAUUGCUGAGUAAACUUAUAGAGCGCUACUCAGCCCUUGCUACUGCAAAACCCAGCCUUGAGGGUGCAGUAGAUGAGCACUACUCUGAGGAAACUUGUGCAAAUCUUGAUGAAUCACGAGGUAGAGAUAUGCUACUUACCGAGGAACCUUGCAUAUCAGGUAUGAAGAAAGACCUGGAGGAGGCUCUUCAGAAUCUAAUGCAUGUGAAGGAAGAGAGAGAUGUAUAUAUGGAGGGGCAAAAAUCUUUACUUUGUGAAUUUGAAGCACUUGAUAAAAAACGAGGAGAGUUGCAAGAGUUGCUUAUUCAGGAGGAGCAGAAGUCAGCUUCUCUGAGGGAGAAGUUAAGUGUUGCAGUUAGAAAAGGAAAGUCAUUGGUUCAACAGAGGGAUAGCCUGAAACAAACUGUUGAAGAGAUGACUAAUGAACUCGAGCGCUUGAAAUCUGAGAUUAGGGACUUAUCUACAUACCCCAAAACAGUGGAAGCCCUAGAAUCUGAGAGACUGUUCUUGAGGAAUCGUUUGACAGAAACUGAACAGCUAUUGCAGGAGAGAGACCAUAUUUUGAAUGUGAUUAUUAAUGCCUUAGGUGACAUUGAUGUUGGGGGUGAAAGUACAAUCAGUGAUCCUGUUGAGAAGGUAGAACAGAUUGGGAAACAAUUCCGUGAUUUGCAUGCAGCUCUGGCUUCUUCAGAACAAGAAUCGAGGAAAUCUAGAAGAGCGGCAGAGUUACUGCUUGCAGAGUUAAAUGAAGUUCAAGAGAGAAAUGAUGCUUUCCAGGAAGAGUUGGCAAAUACUGCCAAUGAACUCACAGAUCUCUACAAGGAAAAGGGGGAAGCUGAAGCUGCCAAACUUGAAGCACUCACACGUCUUGAACAGUUAUCAGCAGUUAAUUCUGAGGGAAAACAGAAACAAUAUUCUGAGUUAAUGGCCUUUAAAAAUGUUGUUGAUGAACUGAAGAAACACUUUUCUGACAUUAAUAAUGUAUUAGCUGAUGUUUUCUCCAAGGACUUGGAAUUGCUGCAAAAUGUGGAAAAAUUUAUGGAGUCUUGUUCGAAGCAAGGGGACACUACUAGUGUGGUUGAAAUGCCUAAUUUAAGUGCAUAUGACGGUAGUACUCCCAGCAAUUCAGAACACAGGGAGAAACUUCUAUCAGUGGAUUCAUGGUUAGGUCCCAAAGUACCAGCCUAUGUUGAUGAUAGUAUAAUAGUUGAAGUUUAUAGUUCUGUUGGGUGUAGUUUGCAAGAGUUGAAGACUGAUUUUGGUGUUUUGAAGGAAAAGUUGCAUAGACACCCUAUAGCAUUACAUGAUAAAGCAAGCGGUCUAUCUAAAGCAAUGGAGAUUCUUAGCAGAGAAAUGUCUAAUCAGAUAAAUUUAUUUGGAGCCUUGAAAAGAGAUGUUAUGCGUAUGGAAUCAAUUGAAAAAGAAAAGGAUAUGGAAAUUGUCUCAUUGCGGAGAAAUUUUACUGUGCUUUAUGAUGCAUGUGCUAAUUCUAUCAUGGAAAUACAAAACAGAAAAGCUGAGCUGACUGGAAAUACAUUGGUUGUUCAAGACCUGGGAAUGAACUUGAAUCCAGCAUCAUUUGUUGAUGGACUCUCUUUUGGUGGACAGACCCAUUUCUCUGAAGAAUGUGGCAAGGCUAUUGCAGAGAAUCUAUUAUCAGCUGUCAAGGAUUUUGCUAUUAUGAGAACUGAAGUUGUAGAAGGUAAUCUAGAGGAAAUGAAAAUCACCAUUGCAAAUUUGCAGAGAGAGCUUCAGGAGAAGGACAUCCAAAAAGACAGGAUUUGUGCAGAGCUUGUUAGUCAAAUCAAGGAAGCUGAAGCUGCCGUUCGCAGUUACUCACUGGAUAUUCAAUCUUCCCAAACUCAGGUGUAUGAUAUGGAACAGCAAAUGAAAAUCAUGGAGGAGGAACGAAGCCUAUUGAAGCAGAGAGUGAAUGAGUUGCUAGAUGAUCAAGCUUCCUUAGUGGAGUUGCAGGAUACGGUCAAAUCACUGUCUGAUGUGCUAGUUUCCAAGGACCAAGAAAUUGAGGCACUAAUGCAAGCGCUUGAUGAGGAGGAGACCCAAAUGGAAGAAUUGAACAACAAACUUGAGGAAUUGGAAAAAGUUGUGCAACAAAAGAACAUAGAGUUGGAGAAUCUUGAAGCUUCUCGUGGAAAGAUUUCAAAAAGGCUUUUGGUUACUGUGAACAAGUUUGAUGAGCUUCAUCAUUUGUCUGAAAGUCUUCUUGCUGAGGUUGAAAAACUACAAUCACAAUUGCAAGAUCGGGAUUCUGAGAUUUCUUUCUUGAGGCAGGAGGUCACUAGAUGUACCAAUGAUGUUCUUGUUGCAUCACAGAUGAACAACAUGAGAAAUUUAGAAGAGUUCCAGGAGUUUUUGUCCUGGUUUGACUCCAUGAUUUCUCAGGUUGGAGUCCAUGAUUUGCCUAUUGAUGAUAGGAAAAUCAGUCAAGUGCAUGAAUACAAGGAAAUACUUCAGAAGAAGAUAUCAGCGAUAAUAUCUGAAUUUGAGGAACUGCAGGUAGUGGCUCAAAGCCGGGAUGCAUUGUUGCAAGUAGAAAAGAGUAAAGUUCAAGAGUUAACACACAGGGAAGAGAUUCUUCGGAAGUCUUUAAGUGAGAAGGAGUCACAAAUAAACAUGCUUGAAGGAGUGGAAGAUUCAGGCCAGGAAACUAGUUUUACAUCUGAAAUUUUAGAAGUUGAACCAUUGAUAAACAAGUGGGCAGCACCUGGACCCUCUAUGACAUCUCAAGUUCGCAGUCUGCGUAAAGUCAACAAUGAUCAAGUUGCGAUUGCUAUAGAUACUGAGCCUGGCAGUACUGGUGGUAGGUUAGAAGACGAAGAUGAGGAUAAAGUUCAUGGUUUCAAGUCACUUACUACAUCAAGAAUUGUUCCAAAAUUUACAAGACCUGCAACAGACAUGAUAGAUGGCCUAUGGGUCUCUUGUGAUCGGGCACUCAUGCGACAGCCUGCUUUACGUCUUGGUAUUAUAGUCUAUUGGGCUAUACUGCAUACACUUCUGGCUGUUUUUGUGUUUUAAGAAGCCAUACUGGUUCUUUGUUUGGUUCGAAGGCAAGACGAGGAUGGAGCAUGGAACAUAAUCCCUCUAGUUUGCUGCAAUAUCAAGUUUUUUGUUUCUAGAUGUGGUAAGAUUGAUUGAUUAUUUAGCUCAACCAGGCUACUGCGGUUUCCAUUUUUAAUUUUAUAAAUCUCAGGAUUGCUUGGUUGUUUCCAAUAAGAAAAAAAAAAUCCACAUUAUUGUUUGGGGGAAAAUAGAUCUUGAUUAUUUGUUUACUAGGAACUCAACCAAAAAGGUUGUAUGUAAUUACAGACAUUUUUUACAGGAUCUUACAAGUUAAAAAGGUUUUGUUACACAA